AUGGCAGCUGGAGACCUUGUGGAGUUUGACGAAGCCAAUGGCCAAGCUAUGUUUGUUUCGCACCAAUGGGCUGGAAUCGGGCACCCUGACCCCGGCAUGAAGCAGUUUCGGGUGCUACAGGAUGCUCUCCGGGGAUUUCGGCAUGGUGGGACAGAUGUGCCAGCAAGCAUCAGCGUUGAGAUGUUCGUUGGUGAUCGGGAGAAAAUCACCGGAGCGGAGAUCUCUUCGAAGCCGCUGUUUGUGUGGUACGACUAUUUCUCGUGCCCCCAAGCCGUGGAUGAAGCACGCCACCGUCAGUUGGCGAUCAUCAGCAUCCCUGCGUACAUCGAGCGCUGCCGUUACUUUGCCAUCCUCUGCCCUCACGUGCAGCACGAGGAUCACGACAAGCUCUUGAGCAAGCAUACUUGGGCCGAGCGAGGUUGGUGUCGCUUGGAGCGAACAUGUAGGGAGUUCAGCGUGCGGAACUCCUCAGAAGCCGUCUGCGACACGAUUGAAAUCCAGAGUAGCUCAGUCCAGACUCGAGCCCCGAGCUAUAACUGGGUCAAGCAUCCUGUCGGGGAGGGUUACUUCACGGUCAAUGAGGACCGUGAGCAGAUAGCCCCCAUGUUGAAGGACAUGCUCCGCACCAAGAUGAUCUCAUACCUGCUCAAGGGGAAGUUCCACGAGUAUCGGCUCAUGCUAAACCUGCAAUCCGUUCACUUCCGAAACCUUCCCCUGGAGCCGAUCAAUGAUCUUAUCGCAGAUUUCAGCUCUGAUGAACGCGAUCCCGCCGCCUUCAUGCUCGCUCAGUUCAUGCACCAGAAUGGCUUUGUCAGCUACCUGGAUCAUACGGAGGAGGGUUGGGCUCCCAUCUGCUACGCGGCCUUGUCUGGGCCUCCCUUGCUUAUCUCCGCACUGCUCGAGCAGAAGGCAGAUCCAAAUGACCGCACUACGACGGCGGAGGCCGUCUGCCAAUUUGCUGCUAACACCCCGUGCCUCGGGAUUUGCGCCUUCCUGAAGCACAAUGAGUCGCUCAGGUUGCUGCUGGCCUUUGAGGCAGACGUGAACGCAAAAGAUGGAUAUGGAGCGACAGCUCUACAUUGGGCUGCUGUCAGCAACAAUGCAGAAGGCAUACAGAUCCUUCGUGGUGCAGGCUGCUGCAUCGAAGUCCCGAACGUGCUGGGGUAUUCGCCAUUUGAAAUGGCAUGUGCGGGCGGCGGGAUUGAUGCCAUCAAGGAGUUUUUGGCCGCGGCCUCCAAGAAAGAGCUGACUGUCGGCCUGCACGCAGCCCUCCUCCAUGGAGGCCUCUAG